AUGGAGGGCGAAGCGAACUCCAAUGAAGGCCAGGAUCACCAGCAUAUCGUCAACGGCUCGCACUUGACACCAAGAGUCACUCGACGGCCUCCAACUAAAGGCACAAUUAUGUGGCUUGUUUUCACGACUCCCUUGGACGGAAGUGAGGAAGCGUUCGACGGCGAAAGUGCGCGCGGUGCGAACGGCCCACGAUACGAGACUGCCGAACCGAGCACGCGGGCCGAACGCCCGCCUCGCGGAGGCCCCGGCCGCUCACGUAACCCGGACCACAGAUCAGAGGGAAGCACAGAUAUAGCACCGCUU